UAGGAAGAAAAAAUGACGCCUGUGGGAGUGGCGAGCGGAGCGGAAGUGGGGGAAUUUAGCGCGAAUUGUUGAAGAUGGCGAGUAGUAAAGUUAAGCAGAAGGUUUCUUCAAGUUUCAAAAUGCGGGGACUAAUCCUCCGACCCGAAGCCAGCAAAUACCUGGUGGAGGUUUUGGAGUCCGUUAAAGAGCAAGAGCUGGAAGAUGUUAUUGAACGAAUCUUGGAUGCUGUGGAAAAGCAGCCAUUGUCCUCUAAUAUGAUAGAGCUGGCCAUGGUGGAGUCUGCAGUUCAGGAGUGCAGUCAGUCGUGUGAUGAAACCAUAGACCACGUCUUCAAUAUUAUUGGAGCUUUCGAUGUGCCUCGAUACAUCUACAACUCCGAGAGGAAGAAAUUUAUUCCCCUUGCCAUGACGAGCCACCCAACGCCCAGUCUGUGCGGCAGAGCCAGGGACAAAGCGGAGCUCUUCAGAGAGCGCUAUACCAUCCUGCAGCAGCGGACGCACAGGCAUGAACUGUUCACUGCCCCUGUUAUUGGGUCAGCGCCUGAAGAAGGCAGAAACAAAUUUCAGCUGAAGACUGUGGAGGCUCUUCUCGGAAGCACCUCCAAGCUGGGGGAGGUUAUUGUCCUGGGAAUGGUAACACAGCUCAAAGAGGGCAAGUUCUACCUAGAAGAUCCCAGUGGGGCUGUGCAGUUGAACCUCAGCAAAGCGCAGUUUCAUAGUGGGCUGUACACUGAAGCGUGUUUUGUUUUGGCAGAAGGGCGUUACGAGGACUCUGUGUUUCACGUCAACGCCUUUGGGUUUCCACCUACUGAACCGUCAAGCACAACAAGGGCUUACUACGGGGACAUUAAUUUCUUUGGAGGCCCCUCUUCCACGUCCGUAAAAGCCUCUGCUAAGCUGAAGCAGCUGGAAGAAGAGAAUGAGGAUGCCAUGUUUGUCUUUGUUUCAGACGUCUGGCUGGACAGCGUGGAGGUUCUGGAGAAACUUCACAUCAUGUUCUCAGGAUACUCGGCCAUGCCACCCACCUGCUUCAUAUUCUGUGGAAACUUCUCUUCUGCCCCGUAUGGCAGAAGCCAUAUCAAAUCCCUUAAAGAGUCAUUGAAGGCACUAGCUGAUGUGAUCUGUGAAUAUCCCAACAUCCAGAAAAGCAGCCGCUUCGUGUUUGUCCCCGGCCCUGAGGACCCUGGGCCCAGUAUGAUUUUACCCAGACCCCCGCUUGCCGAGCACAUCACUGAAGAGUUCAGGCAAAAGGUGCCUUUUUCAGUGUUUACAACGAAUCCCUGCAGAAUCCAGUACUGCACGCAGGAGAUCGUUGUCUUCCGGGAAGACCUGGUGAACAAGAUGUGCAGGAACUGCGUGAGGUUUCCCAGCAGCAAUUUAGAUAUUCCCAACCAUUUUGUGAAAACUAUCCUGUCACAGGGUCACCUGAGUCCCUUGCCACUCUACGUCAGCCCGGUGUACUGGGCGUAUGACUAUGCGCUGAGGGUGUACCCUUUGCCUGAUGUCAUUGUGUUUGCAGACAAAUAUGAUCCUUUCCACAUGGCAAACACAGAGAGCCUCUGCAUUAACCCGGGUUCUUUUCCAAGAAGUGGCUUUGCUUUUAAAGUUUACUACCCCUCUAGCAAGACAGUUGAAGACAGUAAACUUCAAGGCCUUUAAAGGAGGGGGGGCUACUGUCCAGAAUCCAGCAGAGAGCAGGCUUGUGUGGAUCAAGUGCUCCUCAUGUAAAAUAACUGUACAGUCAUUUUCUAUAAUAUUCACCCAUUACACAGAAUGGGUUCUAACCGAAUUUUAUUGGUUUUAUUUUUCUUUGCAGUCAUGAAGUCUUGUUUGAAAUGGAAUAAAAAAUUAAAUUC